AUGGCAGACUCUCACCAUCGCCAGGUCGCGACCUUGAGCUCGCCGCUGCGGCUGGCCCGCAAACCACUUCUUAAUACUAUAAUGGAAGCCAGUGAAUACUCACCCAAAGAAGACUCACCCCGUGAACCACAGAGUGUGCGACACGGAGUGACGAGAGAGAGUUUACAUUCUAUUCAGAUCGCAAUGUCAUUUUCGCCGGAGACAGCGCGAAGAAUAUCGACUCCGGCGGAAAGUCUAUCGUCGACUUCAUCGUCGUGCUCGGAUGAGGAAUGGCAGCAAGGUUUACGACCCUUUGAUGAUCUUUACGAUGCAUCAGAUGACGAUGAGCGUGAAUGCCCUUCUUUGACGGAAAGUCGGCCUAGCAGUCUCGCGACUAUGUCGAUUAGGAGUUCCACAUAUUCGACCAAUAGUCGAAAUCGGUAUCCGAGUCUUAUGAUUCCGACGGCGAGUCUGUGGCCGUCGCUCGUGAAUCCGCAUAAGAGUUCGCCUGUGCCGCCUACUCCCCCUCCAAAGAUUCCCGUUUCACCGGCGACGUUGUCGAUGCUUCCGGGGAAUGUACCGGCAUUGCAUGCUCCACCCUCCUUGGAUGGCAGUUUGUCAUCCGAUCAGAUUUCAAAUAUCAGUUCUCCAGCCACACCUGAUCUGCGUCCGGUAAGAGAUCAUAACUGGGACACUGAUAUAAUUCGUGUACGACAAGACUCCAAUGCACCCAGCAGCGCUGGUGCAUCCAGUACCGACUUGAACGCCGACGAGGAGAGAGCGAUUGAGACGGGCGAUGACUGGAACCCUCUCAUCGACAGUUUUCCUGCUAUCCCUUCCAGAUUUGAAAGUCAAGAGCCGGCUGUCCUGUCGCUCGACAUUUCUUAUGACCAACCCGUCUCGGCCAGAUCAGACAGUCCCGGACUCAACGGCAUCAUGCUCCCACCAGCCGCCAUCGCCACUCUUCAACACAUCCCACUAGAUCAGACGCCUGGUCCCUGGUCCGAGAUAUCCGAGAAGAACGACGAAAUGUGGCAGCUUUCCGCUCCACCAACCAAUCGCCAUCAACGAUCUUCUCCGCCUCCAGACGCGACCCCAGAAUCUGAGCUGUCUGGUUACAGUUUCACGAAUCUGAGUAUCCCGUCUCCAGGUGGGUUCUUCUCGUCGCUUGACCCCAAAUCAAGAUAUACGUGGUCAUUGCCUAGUGCAAUUAUUCCGCCGACUUCCGCUGUUGCGGCGCGGUUUUAUGAUGUUCCUUGGAGUCAAGAUCAGGGAGAGGUAGUGGAACAUGUGGUUGAGGUUUCAGCGGAUGAGAGCUUGGCCGAUGAUCAGCCCACUGCUGUUCCAGUCACUGCAAUCCGAAUCCCCUCUGCGCAGCACACGCGUAGUGACUCGCACGAUAGCACAAGUCCCGUGGUCGCGGAUGUGCAGGAACUUGACCGAUCAGGCGUUCCCGCAUAUGAAUAUGACGAAGCUUACGACGAUGAACUGAAGCGUCAAGCUGUCGCCAACCUAGACCGAACAAGUGUGUGGCUCGCAGCUCAACACUCAUACUUGUCCGCCCUCAGCGAGACCAACCCCGUCAACGAGGUAGCUGUGAAGAAAGAAAUUGAGCCGGUCGAUGUCGAGGAUCGGCCAACUUCCUCAUCGUCAGCAGCAGUAGACUCCCCACCUCGCAAAUCAGUCCGUUUCUCGGAGACAGUCCAGGAAUUGACAAUCUCCCCUCUUCCUCCUCCACCAGAUGCAAGCAAAGAUUCCAUCUACUGGCGCGGAUUUCAGUUUGUCUUGCAACAAUCUCGUCGUCGCGAUGUCUUCUUGCACAGCGAUAUUCGCUUUGAUGCUAUUCAGUCUGUCCGUUUGGGAUUUCCGCAAAAGCACCGCACUGCAUUACUCGGCAAGUUCGAGCUGGAGGCGCCAGAACGACCUGGAUACAAGGGACCGUUUUCACAGGCACCACGGAAAUCAGUCCUUGCAGAAGUCCUCGCUGAUCAAGCUCUGUACUCAAACCUGGAGAAAGAGCAAAUGGUUCUUUCACAGAUAUACCAGUCAGUAUGGGCCGUUGAUGCAAUGCGCUUCCUUAACGGUGGUCGUCUCCUUUCCCGACCAGCCACAAAACGUCUCUCGAUCGCAUUGAAACAAAUGGCAAAACCAAGCCCACAACCCGGGCCCAAACGUCGAUUGAGGGUGCUCGACCUCGGCGGCCAAGCAACCUGUGGCUGGGCAUGGCAAGUCGCACAUGACUAUCCAGACGUCAAGAUCUACACUGUCGUUGGCAAACACCAAGAAGUCAACAGCCACAUCAAGGGACCCAUCAACCAUCGUCGCGUGUCAGUACCAUGCUUAUGGAAGUUACCCUUCCGCAACAAUCAAUUCGACGUUAUUUCAGCUCGAUCCUUGCACGCUCUUUUGAAAACCGAGCGACCCGCCGGCGAAGAUUCCGAUGAAUACGACCUGUGUCUCAAAGAGUGCUACCGCUGCCUCAAACCAGGCGGCUAUCUCGAAUUCUUCACCAUGGAUUCUUCAAUCGCUCGUGCCGGCCCGCUUGGAACCGCGGCAUCCGUCGAGUUCACCUUCAAUUUGAAAACGCGCGGCUACGACCCAUCACCAACACGCAGCUUUUUGAGUAGAUUGCAACGCUCAAACUUUGCGGAUAUAAAACGUGCCUGGAUGUUUUUGCCGAUGGGGAUUGAGCCUACGAAGCCAGAACCGAUGCGCGAGACUCCUAAUCCUAGGGUGAAGAGUCAGAUUGAUUGUGAAGCUAUCCAGGGGCCUGUUGGAAGUACAGGCGAUGUGGCCAGCAUGACUGGCUUGUUGGGUGGAUGGAUGUGGGAGCAAUGGCUGCUCAAGACACAGAUGGAAAUGGGCCGCGAAGAGAAGGAGUUGCUCAAGGAUAUAGGUGGUGUGUUUGAUGAAGGGAGAAAGCUUAAUGCGGGAUGGACCUGUUUGUCGGGGUGGGCGAUGAAGCCGAGGCGUGGGAGCCAGCAGCGGUUGACGGUAAUGAGUGGGUUGAGUGAGGGGGAUAGUUUCUAG